GACUAGCGCUUGCCAUAAAGCGUUAAUGCUCUGUAGGGCGUGAAGCGGACUUUUUUCUUCCUCUUUUGCAUCAUAAUCAAGAAACGUAAAGGAGGGCGAUAAGUAAGAAUCUGAGAAGAUGACAGCGAUUUAUAUCUCUAGAAAUGUUAAAUCUGAAAGUGCACCUACGUUACUGUCUUAGUUAUGCAUCAGCAUUCAAAUAUAAAUGUGGGACUAAGAUUGCAAGCGUCGACGUUCACCUUGUAACGGACCAAUGGGAAGGAUGCAAGCAGCAGUGUGGAUCCUGCUUGUACUGAUUGAGGAGGGCUUCACGGCGGCGGCACAGAAAACCAAAGAUGCAGCAGACGCAGCAUCCCAAGGCGUUAAGCCCACCCUUCAACCUCGGCUCCCCCGUAACUGUGGAAGCUGGGUGAGAGACACGGAGGGCGGGGUCUUUAGCUCUCCAAACUACCCCAAAACAUACCCACCCAACAAAGAGUGCAUCUAUAUACUGGAAGCGUUACCGCGGCAGCGGAUAGAGCUGCACUUCAACCGGAGCUUCUACAUGGAGGCGUCGUUCGAGUGCCGCUUCGACCACAUCGAGGUGCGGGACGGCCCCUUCAGCUUCUCCCCCCUCAUCGACCGCUUCUGCGGCACGGCCACCCCGGGCCUGGUGGUCUCCAGCGGCCGCUUCGUGUGGGUGCGCUUCUACAGCGACGACGAGCUGGAGGGCCAGGGCUUCCAGGUCCAGUACCACUUCACCACAGACCCUGAGUUUUAUCUGCACCUUGGAGGAAUCCUUAACCCCAUCCCAGACUGCCAGUUUGAGCUGAGCGGGGCGGAUGGGCUGAUCCGCUCCAGUCAGGUGGAAGACGAGAACAAGGUGAAAGGGGACCAGGCCGUGGACUGUAUCUGGACCAUCCGAGCGCCCGUCAACCACAGGAUCUACCUGCGGUUUCUAGAUUAUCAAAUGGAGAAUUCGAAUGAAUGUAAGAAGAACUUUGUGGCCGUGUAUGACGGCAGCAACGCCAUUGAAGACCUGAAGGCUAAGUUCUGUAGCACGGUGGCUAACGACGUCAUGCUAGACACGGGGCUAGGCGUUAUUCGGAUGUGGGCCGAUGAGUCGAGUCGCCUCAGUCGCUUCCGCAUGCUGUUCACCGUGUUUGAGGACCCCCCAUGCCAGGGCAGUUCAUUCUUCUGCCAUAGCAACAUGUGCAUCAACUCCUCUCUGGUGUGCAAUGGCAUCCAGAACUGUGUCUUCCCCUGGGACGAAGGCAGCUGUAAAGAAAAGAAGAGCAAAGGCCUGUUCCACCACAUCACCAAGACCCACGGGACGUUGAUCGGCGUGUCCACCGGCCUGGUGCUGCUGCUCCUUGUCAUCUCUAUCUUGGUGCAGGUCAAGCAGCCGCGCAAAAAGGUGCUGCUGCGUAAAAAUAACUUGUUCAACCGGCCUGAGUUCCAUGAAGUGUUUGACCCUCCCCAUUACGAGCUUUUCACUCUCAGGGAUAAGGACACGUCUGGGGAUCUGGGGGAGCUCUCUGAGGAGAUGCAGUCGCUGAACGCCCUCCGCCGCUCGUCCUCCGAGCGCAACCGUUGCGUCCACGAGCACCACUGCGGCUCCCAGGCCUCCGUCAGCUACGUGAUGCCCGGUCGGGGCGAGCCCCCCCUGCUCACUGGCUCCGUCCACUUUCCCCCGUUCGGGGGGGUCUUCCAGAACGACUUCCAGGCCUUCCAGCAGGGCACCAGCCGGAGCCUGAGGAAGAAGAGCUGGCCCAGCAUGAAGCCGGGCCGGGCGGAGCUACGGCACUCCAUGACCGAAAGGGGACAGGGGCACCCCGCGGCUGGGGUCGCCAUGCUGAGGAGGGUGGAGAGGGGACAUGACCCCUGUGGCUCCAACCGGUAG